UCGUCUUACUCAUCAUUGGUGCCUUCUGUUGCUGUGACUCCGAUGGCUCAGUCUCACCGGUUGAAGAAAGCUCCAUCAACGGAGUCCACAUCUGGAAAGUCUGACAGGAGCAUUUUUAAGGAGUAUGCAGUGUCCAGGCCUUCAAAUGCCAUCGAUAAUUCAUCUCAGCUAUCUGCAAUGAAGAACCAGCAUCCAAAUGGUGUUUCCUUUAGCAACAGUGAAGGUGUGUCAAAUGUAAAAAUCUUGAGUAAACCUACGGAUCACACGGGAAUGAAUAGCUCUGAGAGCACGCAUGGGCAAUCUAUGCUAUUGACAUAUGGAAAUGGAACAAAUUCUGAGAAGAAUGAUUUUGGCAGCUCCCAAAACAAGGGUUCAACUCAAUGGAAGACCAGUGGGAGUGUAGUUGGAAAUCAGCAGGGCAGGGUGGUUGGUGCUGCUGCAAGUCCUAGGAGAUAGUAAGAUUGGAUGAUGUCAUUACCUAACAAAUGUGCAUUCAAAAUUGCACUUUCGAUGAUUUUGGGGAUGAUGACAAGUGGGAGGUCUUAUACUCUCUAGUUCGAAUCUCCAGUCGUUGCUGAUUAAUAUCAUUCACCGCACCCUUUUCUUGAACUUGGCUCAUUUAUCUGCGUGUUUUGUAUGCUCGGAAUUUUACAUUGCUUGCGAUGACAUGAUGUGUCUUGUUAUGCUGAGUUCUAAACACUGCUUGCGAUGAUGGUCACUAGCAACUUUCAUCGUUUAAUUUUAGUCGGGGAAAAAAAUGAUAGCUGACCCCUCACUGACUUUUGCUUUCUUUAUUACUAUUUGCGUCGCGUCAGGACUGAAAAUCAGAUGCCAAAAGUACCCUGCGUGCUUUGUUAAAAAUGAGU